AUGGUGCAAAAUUGUGGGGUGCAGUCUGCCAGGGGUGCAGGGCCCUUGGGAGUGAGAGUGAAAACCAGCAGCCGAAGGGGAAGGGCAGCAGAGUCUUCGAGUCUCCCUGACAUGAAGGGAGCCUCAGAUCCUGUCCAGGACCGAGUCCCAGCCCCACCGCCCUCAGCCCAGCCCCUGAUGAGUAACAACAGCAAACUCAACCUGCUGGAGGACCAAGUCCUCUGUCCCAUUUGCCUCGAGGUGUUCCACAACCCAGUCACCACCGCAUGUGGCCACAACUUCUGCAUGACCUGCCUCCAGGGGUUCUGGGACCACCAGGCCACCAUGGGUGAGACACCCUACUGCCCCCAGUGCCGACAGAGCUUCCCCUGCAGGCCUCACCUCUGCAAGAAUGUCACCCUCGGGGAGAUGGUGGCCUGCUUCGUCCAGACCAAGGCCCAGGCCUCCAAGGCCUUGCAGAGCACGGCCGGCCCGGGAGACGUGCCCUGUGACUUCUGUUCCCCGCAGAAGCUCAAGUCCGUCAAGUCGUGCCUGCAGUGCGUGGCCUCCCUGUGUGAGAAGCACCUGAGCAGCCACUUCGAGGACCAGAUAUUCCAGGGCCACCAGCUGCUGGAGCCGGUGUGGGACCUCAAGAGCCGCCUGUGCCGGAAGCACCGCAAGCUGCGCCGGCUGUACUGCCGCACCGAGGGCUGCAGCGUGUGCGGGGCCUGCCUGCUGGAGGAACACCGCAACCACGAGGCCGUCCCCCUGGAGGAGGAGCGCGCCUGCAAGGAGGCUGAGGUCCGGAAGGUCCAGGCCAAUGUGGAUAACCAGAUGUUAAUCAUCACUUCUGACAACCAGAAGCACCGGGACCGAACAGCCUUUCUUUCGAAACUGAUCCAGAACAUGCGCAAUGAGGUGAACAGCUGCUUCUCGGAGAUCAUCCAGCAGAUCAAGCAGCUGCAUGUGAAGAUCUUGGAGUUCCUGAGCAAAGAGGAGGCCACCGUCCUGGGGAAACUGGGCACCUCCAUCCAGCAGUGCCACAGCCGGCUCCUGGAGCUGGAGGAGGACAGUGUCUGGCUCCGAAAUCUCCUCACCAACCAGAGUGACCAGCAGUUUAUGCAGGAGAUCCCCAGGCUGAAGCACUUCUCAACCGACAUGGAACCACUGAUGGGCACCACCUUCGAGGAGGACAGCUUUCUCCAGCUGCCAGAGACCCUGGUGGAGCUCCAGACACAAAUGGCAGAUGUGGGCUUCACGUUCCUCAACCAGCUGCUUCUGAGGGGAAUUAAGACGAACUCCUACGAGGUGCUGCCCCCAGCAGUGGACAGGAAAGCACUCCUCAAGUCCUACUGCAACCUGCACUUCGACCCCGCAUCAGCCAGCCCCGAGCUCUUCCUGUUCAAGGAGGCGCACUCGGUGCUGAACCUGGGCGUGCUGCUGGAGCCCACGGCCGCCUCCUGCCCCGGCUUCGCGCAGUGGCCGCAGGUGCUGUGCUCGCGCGGCCUGGCCGAGGGCUGCCACUACUGGGAGGCCGACGUGUCCGACUCGUGGGUGUGCCUGGGGGUCACCUACCGCCGCUGCGCCCCGGCCUCUGGCCGCCCGCGCCGCAGCGUGGUCUACCUGCUGGGCCGCAACCCUGACUCGUGGUGUCUGGAGUGGGACUCGCUCCGCUUCUCCGUGUGGCACGACAACCAGCAGACAGUGCUGCCCGGCGCGUACCAGCGCACGCUCGGCGUGGCGCUCAACUGUGCCACGGGCCACCUGGCCUUCUACGGCGUGGCCGGCGGCGCCAGCCUCAUCUACCGCUUCCUCGCCACCUUCCUGGAGCCGCUCUACCCCGCCGUCAUGGUGGGCAGCGGCGCCUCGGUCACGCUCAGGCAGCUCCCCGAGGCCUAG